UGAGACUGGGCCCGUCGGCGGGCCCAUGCACAGGCGUGAACCGAUAGGUGAAGAACAGCUCCCCAGAUGGCUCACUACACGGAUGAUAAUCCUUUCCUUCGGUACAGCACGGUUCUCUUCGGGCGCUUCGAUGCAGUCAAACAGGUCUGAGAAAUCGUACAGCUCCAGUCCUUUCUCGUCCAUCGCCGUAGUCGCACCGUCACAUGUGCGCAUAUGAGAGAGACAGAGAGAGAGGGGGAGGGAGAGAGAAAGAGACAGAGUGUAUACAAAGCAAUCACGAGCAGCGAGGAAAAGAGGUGAAGGAAAACAUCGCAAAGAAAUAGCGGGGCAGACAGAGAAGAGAAGGGGAGGAAAAAGAGAGAGAGAGAGAGAGAGAGAGAGAGAGAGAGACAGAGAAAAAAGCGCAAAAGAAUAAACUAGAUAUCAGACGAGGAGGUGCGCGAAUUACGAUCGAUUAGUGUCGUAUUAUUCAUUCGGCAGCUAUUGAAUUAAAACGACGAAAAUUACCGGUAGUGUCUCACAACCAAACAAGAGAAUUUAGAAGAAACGAUACUUUUCAGAAAAUAUAAACAAGCCUCUCUUUACGGAAAAAAAAAAAAACGAUUUUCUUCGCAUUUCAACAUUACAUAACAGAAAAGGAGUGUAUGGUCCAAAAUUCGAAAGAGAGAGCAAAUAUUUUUUAACAAUUAACACCAGAGAGAAAUGCAAUGUGUAACAUAUGAUAGGACUCGAUUAUUCUUUGGCGGGAAUAUAUUCUUAUCAUUGGCUUAGUGAAACAGAAACCGGAACAGACUCACACAACGUGGAUAUACAAUUUACUUGAGAAUCGCAUUUGACAUCAAAACUGGUGCAGAUGCGUUAAAAUCAUCAAUUAGCUGAUCGUUCUAAUGAUUGUCUCGAACGAGAACUGCGAAAUGCCGCUGAUUAGAAGAAUUCAGAUGAACCAAAAGUGCAGCGUAUGCCAGGAGCCUGCAGCUGGUUAUCAUUUUGGAGCAUUCACAUGCGAGGGCUGUAAGUCAUUCUUCGGUCGCACAUAUAGCAACCCCGGUAGUGUGUCAGAAUGUAAGAACGGCGGCAAUUGCGAGAUUAACAAGAAGAAUCGUACGUCCUGCAAAGCCUGCCGACUAAAAAAAUGCUUAUUAGCCGGUAUGUCCAAGUCAAGCUCGCGCUACGGUCGGCGUUCAAAUUCGUUUAAGGCGACCUACGCAUCGGGCCAGGAGGAUAAACAGAGCGAAAAGCCUCACAUCAUUCCGUCCUUCGGUUUAUAUCCAUCUCCUUUAUUAUCGCGAUCUUGCAUUGGUUUUGACGAUGAGACUGACGCUGCAUCGACCAUUCAGAAAAAUUCAACAAGCCGUAUCAACGAUGUCGCGAAUUUUCACAAUAACGGACUUUUUAUGCACAACUGGCAUGCCUCGUUCCAACCGCAAUUAUCUAUCACACCUCUAUCCACAUCGACUCAAGUUGCAUCGUUACCGAUAAGUAAUCAAAUACAGCGACAAAGCCCCAUGCAAUACUGCCCAUUGCCCAUCCUGUCAAAGUCCAACCCAUCGCUCAUGGAAUCACAGUCAAGAAACACGUCCGACAGCGACUCGAGUGAUGACGAACGCCUUCACGAUGUGGAGGAGUAUAAGAGCAGUUCGAGCCGAGUUUCGCCAUUCACACUCACCAACAAGAUAGACGAGCCGACGCUGUCCAGCUCGUCCGUCAAUAGCAGUCUGAUGCUUGCGGACACUCAUAAUCCCUAUUUAUACUCGAUACCAGGCAUGAUCACACCAACGGCAUACUCAGCGAGGGGUGGCGACUCACUUUUGGUCAGUCCUAAUCCUGGUGGACUCGCCGACGAACGGGACGAACCGAUAGACCUCAGUAUUCGAGCGAGCAGUAGCUUGUCGCAAUCUAAUAAUGAGUCGUCGGAAAAGAAGGAGGAAAAGGAAGAAGAUCAAAUAAAUGAUAGCGACAGCUCCAUAGAGGAUUGCGCGGUAGAUCCGCUUGAUUUAACACUCGAUGCUAGACCUAUAAUUAGAUCUUUGAGAGCCACAAGUCGAUCUUAUUGUUAAUUUAAUCACGCUCAAAGUCUUAAGCAAUUUUGAGAUAAAUAAUUUCAAACCAUUCGGGAGAGAUGUCGGACAAGAAUUUACAAUAGUGAUAUAUUUAUUUAUGAAACAAAAAAAGAUUAAUAAUAUAGCGAUAAAAAGAAUGAAUUCCGCGAUGAGAAGAUAAUAGCGAUGCUAAUUGCAAGGAAAUGUCAAGUGUUUUGACUACUAGGCAUUAUCACGAAAAUGUGUUCAUUUCAUACAAGGGAGUAUUCGGAACACGAAUACACCUUUGUACGCGUGUGUAUUAUAUUAAUUUAAUUUAUUUCAGAUUAACUAAGUUAUCCGUACAGCCUUCGAAUGAAUGCCGUUUCAAACAAACCAAGAAUAAAAAAUAAUAAUUAUGAGUAGAGUUAUUAUUUUUAAAUAUUAUUACUGACAUAAUUAUAUAGAAAAAUAUAUAUUACAGGUAUAUUUAUUCAGAAAUUUUGACAAAUUUGUCAAGUCAUUUUUGAUUAAUGCUAUUUCAAAUAGAAGAGAGAAUACAAAUGUCAAAUUAUUAUAAAAUUUAAUUAUUACAAAAUUCAAAUUAUUAUAUUAUUUAAUUAGAUAGCCAAAAAAUUGAUUUUAAAAAAUGUGCUUUUUUUGUUGAUAGGAUAAAUAUAAAAAUUAUAUUAUAUAAUUACGCAUAGUGAGCCAGAGUGAAAUAUUUUGGCCAGUAUAAACUAAAUGCCUGAACUCUUUGCAUUCGUAUGUCUAUUCUCAGUUGCCGAAACUAGAAACUAUUCUUAUUGUUCAAUUGCUAUAAAGAAAAAGAGAUAAAAUUCCAAAAAAUAUAAGAAUAAUCUUGAACCCGAACUUCGAACCGUUCAGACAAACUAUAAGUCGAGCUUCAUCGCAAAUGCAUAUUAAAAUUUAUUUUAAUGCGUGAUUCAUAAUGAAAUUAGCUUGAAGGUCUGAGCAUUUAGCUUGAGAUUUGAUAUUUUUUGGGCGUGUAAAAUGAAUAAGACAUAUAAUAAUAUGAAAUCAAUAUAGGCAGAUAGAGACUAAUAGAAAUCUAUCUUUCUAGACAGAGUUAAACCUUGUUUAAUUUUUUUGAAAUGUAUUCUCAUAUGCGAGUGCAUCUAACUUUUCAUAUAUUUAUUUCGCAAUUCACGUCAAUAAUGCAAUUAAAUAAAAAAUAUCUUUUUUUCGUCAUUUUUAUUGUAAUCAAAAAAUUAAAUAUGUUGUUAGAACUUUCAUCUUUUAAAAGAAUUUUGUUGUAUUGAUUAAUAAGGUAUUUUUUAAAUUUAUAUUUAUAAAAUUGUGAUUUUUAUUAUAAAAAAGUGCGAGAUCACAUUAAAAAUGUUAGAUCACAUUAAAGAUUUAUUAAAUAAUUUUUAAUUAUUUAAAUUUAAUGAAAAAUUGUAUGUAAUGCGAAAAAAUUUGGAAAAAAAUAUAGUAAUAUAUAAUUAUCUAGUAUGUUUCAGCGGAAGAACUAAAGACAAUACACAGUUGAAUUUUAUUUGUACAACAUGUGACCGAAAAUAUGGAUAUAAGCGAUUAUUUUCAAAGAAUCAUGCUUUAACAAAUAAUAAAAUAUGAUUUUUGUAUAAAAUAACAUUUUGUGUUUAUUUAUUUACGUAAAUCUAAAUUAGAUUUAUGUAAUGCAUGUUUUCCCACAU